AUCGUCAUGCUGUCAACUAGGUGUGUGGGUCUGGUACUACUCCCGCUGCGGCGCCUCCAGAGGUUUCCGGGAUUCAGGACCAGUCUCUUCCUGCGCCGCCUUGGGCGAGAGUCCUUCGAGAGAGGCCGGUUACUGUGUUUUAAAGCCUCACCUAGAGACACGGGAGAUGAAGAAGGAGAGCACGAGGCGGCACAGAGGAAAACCCCAGGCGCAGACUCGCCUUCAUCUCUGCCUCCCCGCGUCCGGGGACUUGGGACCAAAUGUCUGUCGUCGCUGGAAAGUCUCGGACUCCCGAUGCCGCGAGAGAAGUCACCCUCUCAAGAGAGCGAGGGCUCGAGUGGAGACCAGGGCCAGUCGGAUUCUGCACACCCGGGAUCCGGGAGUCCCUCAGUGCCCGCCUUGGUCCAGCCUGCCACCAAGGACGAAAUCCUACACGUCUCCUCUUCCUGGUCCGCUUCUAGAGUGGUGCCUUUUCGCGUUGGGGAGCUCAUUUUAGCUGAGACUGGGAAGAGAGAAACACAAUUUAAAAAAUUAUUUAGGUUGAGCAACGCCGGACACUUAAAUAGUAAUUGGGGGACAGUCCCGUUCAGCGAGAUCGUGGGGAAGUUCCCCGGCCAGAUUCUGAGGAGUUCCUCUGGUAAACACUUCAUGCUGAGGAGGCCGGCAUUGGAGGAUUAUGUGUUACUGAUGCAAAGAGGGCCUGCCAUAACGUAUCCUAAGGAUAUAAAUAUGAUACUGUCGAUGAUGAAUAUCCACCCAGGUGAUACUGUUUUGGAAGCUGGCUCGGGCUCUGGUGGAAUGAGCUUAUUUUUAUCCAAAGCAGUUGGCUCACAGGGACGAGUCAUAAGUUUUGAAAUUCGAAAGGACCACCACAAACUGGCUAUGAAGAAUUAUAGACACUGGCGUGAUUCAUGGAAAAUAAGUCAUGUAGAAGAGUGGCCAGACAAUGUAGAGUUUAUUCAUAAGGAUAUUUUAGGAGCAACAGAGGACAUAAAAUCUUUAACAUUUGAUGCGGUAGCUUUGGAUAUGUUGAAUCCUCAAGUUGCUUUGCCUGUUUUAUUCCCAAAUCUUAAACAGGGUGGUAUAUGUGCUGUAUAUCUAGCAAACAUCACACAGGUUAUUGAACUUUUAGAUGGAAUUCGCAUCUGUGAACUUGCCCUCUCAUGUGAAAAGAUAAGUGAAGUUAUUGUCAGAGAUUGGUUGGUUUGCCUUGCAAGACAGAAAAAUGGAAUUUUAGCUCAAAAAGUAGAACCUAAAAUCAACACAGACGUACAAGUACACUCUCAAGAAAAAAUCAGAAUUGAAGGUGAGAUGUUUCAAUAUGAUGACCAUGAAGAAUCACAUUCUGAUUUUCCCUAUGGAUCGUUUCCCUAUAUUGCUAGACCUAUACACUGGCAAAUUGGUCAUACAGCUUUUCUUGUCAAGUUGAGGAAGUGCAAACCACAACUAACUGAGUACCUCAGAUGACAACUGAUUUGAAGACUUGAAAAGUAUCAAAAAGAACUUUAUAUUGCAAAUCAGUACUUUCAUAGAUUGGUAUUUUUAGCUAUCAGUAUGAUUUGUAUAACUUUUACAUGUAACUUUGAAAAGUAAUAAAAGCUGGAGAAACAUGUAACAUUUCAAAACUGCUUAAAUGUCCCAUUUUGACACUUGUCUUGCAGUUUGGUAUUUUGUAGUAAAUGAUUCCAAGUUGGUUUAGUUGAGCCAUUUCAUUCUUCACUUCCUGUAAACCACUCCAUAGAUUUGUCUUUCUUCAUGAAAUUAGUUUUCUUUUCUUUGUUUGAUCGAUGAUCAUUGGCUACCAAAAUAAAAUAUGCAUUUUGAGGUAAAUUUUAUGUACCUGUGUAUUUUAAAUAUAUACAUUAAUGGCUUGUAUGUAUCUUAGAAAAUAACAAGUCUAGGCUAUAGUAAAUAAUAGGGAAAAAACUGAUAAUGAUAUCACUAUGUAACAAAAGAUGUAACAAUUCUUGAAUCUCUUUUGCCCUUUUUAACACUUUGAAAGAACAUCAGAAUUAUUCUGUUGUUAUAUAAGUCAAAUGUUUGGGGAGUUUCCUGGCAGUCCAGUUGUUAAGAGCUUGGCACUUUCACUGCCAUGGCCCAGGUUCAAUCCUUGGUCAGGGUACUAAAAUCUUGCAAGCUGCAUGAUGCAGCUAAAAAAAAGUUUGGAGAGAUACACUUUAUAAAUAUGAACUAAUUAGGACUAGAUUUUAUUUUUCAUAGGCACCAGUCAUUUAGCAUUUCCCAUGUACCUUACAUGUCUUAAGGACUUUAUAAUGUCUUUUUAUUUAAUAUGUGCUGCUCAUCCUUAAGGUUAUUCAUAUUUUACAGAUAAACAUAAGCUUAAAGUUAUUGUUUAAAUAUAGAUUUUUAUAGGUUUUGAAGUAGUAGUGCCUGUAAGGAUAAAUGCUACUUAUCUCUUAGGCUAGAACUACUUAAUAUACAUAUCCUAAAAAACAUUUUACAUACUUUUCAUUAUGUGGAAAAUCUAGUCUAAAAUCUAUGCCUUUUUUUUUUCCAUUUAUUUUUAUUAGUUGGAGGCUAACUACUUUACAAUAUUGUAGUGGUUUUUGCCAUACGAAUGGAUAAGAAAGCUGUGGUACAUAUACACAAUGGAGUAUUACUCAGCCAUUAAAUCUCUGCCUUUUUAGAUUUUAUACCCUAUAAUAGAGAUAGACAUUAAAAAAAAUCACACAAAUAUAAAACUAAAACUGUUAUAAAUGCUUCAGAAAAGUACAGGGUACAAUAGAGAUUUUGCUCAGGUAAAGUAAUUACCUGUGCAAGUGACAAUUGAGCCAAGACCUGAAGGGUAGAUAAGAGUUAACUACAGCAAGGAAAAUGAGCACAAAAAGGUGUCAGUGAUAUUGCGGUUGACUGAAAGAGACUGAAAAGAAGGUAGGGGUCAAGCCAUGCAGGAUCUUGUAGACCUGUUAUGGAGUUGGUCUAUCCCAAGAAAAAUGGGGUGCUACCGGAGGAUUUAGUGAAGUAAGGGUUAACAUGCUUAGAUCUGUGUUUUGAAAAAAAAUCACUUUGGUUGCAUUUAGAGAACUGAUUAAAUCAUAAGCAGAGAAGUCUUCUGGUACUAUUUCUGUGUGGUAAGUAUCUGAACCACUUAUAUAAUAAUAAUGGCUUUAAACUUUCCAUAACAAUUACAGAUGUAUAGAAGUUCUAAUAUGCAUUUUUAAAUUCCAUCAUGGAAUACUCUCCAUUCUUCUGCCCUUCUGUUUAACUGCUAGUGAAAUUGUGUCCUUCAUUUACUGUUUUGAACACAGGCCCUAAUUGUACUUUUUGGAGAAGGGGAUGACUUAAAGAGAGAAAAGUUGUGCCUUCUCCUGUUUCAUGUAGAAUAAUUUGUUUGGUACACUGCUCAGUAGAUGUUGAACUAAACAAGACCUAACAGUGUCGAUUCUAAUACUGAAUUAAAAACAAAACUACAGAAGCAAAUAAACAUUUAUUUGCAUAUUUAAUCAAAGUCCAGUUUAAGCCCUUUUUCCAUCUCUUCAUUGAACACUAAGCAUCUUUAUAAUUUGGUUUGUGGGACAAAUGCCUUCUUCUAAAGUUAGCUUUCUUGGUUCAUGUCUGGCCCUCAUUUACCAUAAAAUACUCCUAGAGAUCUGUGACUGACUCACAACUGUCUUCCUAGUAACUUCCAGAGGUCCUGACUUUUCUACCCAGUAAAUGGUCAGUAAAAGUUUGCUGAUGGCUUUGAAGCCUACACUGGAUCAGGUAUUAUUUCAUCAAUGUUGACUUGAUUGUUCUAGGGGGGAAUGUAAGUAUAUAGCUUAUGGAUUAUGGAAGACUUUGAUUUUGAACUUACUUCAGAAUCAGUAGGAAAGUUAAGUUUCUGUGUUUAUGCAAAAGCAGGUAUUUUUUAAAAGUCUGUUAGCAGUGUCUGAGUAUUUAAAGGAAGGAAAAACCAUUAAAUGAGAAAUUUCAUAGUAAUACAUAGUGUACAACCAUGAGGUUGUUGUACAAUAUACAUAUACAACUAGGAAUGGUGGAAAAGGAGAGAAUCUAAAAAAUUAUUAUAAAGGAAGAACCAGAUAAGCUGGUGGUUCACUGGAUGUAGAGGGAGAGAAGCUAUAUAUACUCAAACUUUCAUCCACUGUUCAGAAGCCCUUUCCCUUAUUUCUCUGGGCUGAACAGGAUUCAGUCAACACCCAGCUCAUAAAUUACUUCCUUUGAAUAGCCUUCACUAUAUAUCUUACUCUGCAGAGUUAAUUUUGAAAUCUUUUGUGCUCGUAAAUGUUGAUUAUAUAAUUAGCAUUGGUAAUUUAUAAGCCCUGAUCAUGCCUUCAUUAAAGAUUUUAAAAUGGGAUGACUAGAACAGUGGUAAUGACAAAAGUAAAUAAGAAAGUUCAGAGAAGGAUUUAUUUUUGAGGGAAAAUUAUUUGCUUUUAGAUUAUAUAGCAGUUGGAAUGUCUCAUGUCUGCCUACAUGACUCAGGAGUAAGGUUUGGAAUACUGCUUUCUUUCCCUUGGCUUCACUCUCAACUCUGGGGAGUCCUCAGAUAAUACAUAAUAAUAUGUAUCCAUGUUUCAGAUAGAUUAGCCUAGGUGCCAUAGGCUUAAAAUAGCAUAAGGUAAUUUAGUUGGUAUAAACAUGUACUAUCUCUUCAGAUAAAACUGGGUUCCAUCUUGGUGUUUUUAUUGUUGCUAUUUUACUAUGCAACUGUGACUUUUCUGAGUUUGUUUCUUCAUCAGUAAAAGGAAUGUCAUAGUGUCACUUCGGAUUUCUUGGUGGAGUCAAGUGUUAAAUGAGAAGGAUUUAUUUUUGAGGAAAAAUUAUUUGUUUAAACCUUUAUAAGGUAGCUUAGCACAUGAUUGGUGAUUGUGAUGCAUGUAAAUUUGUACAGAAUGCUUCAUCUAUCCCCCACAACCUUAGCAAAACCAACUAUUUUAUUCUUAGUAAAUGUUAUGUUUAUAUAAA